GUACCUAUUGAAGUGUCCCUGCGUUGCAGUGCAGCCAGUCAGCCGUGAGGGGGCGUGACGCUGAGGCGCCCUCCUCUCUCGCGGCACGCGGCGGGUGGGGAGGUGGGCGUGGAUGUGUUGCCGGAGGAAGAGAGCCUCGCACACGCACGCACGCGCGCGCGCGGAGCAGGAGAAGUGCGGAAGGCUGCGCGGCGCGGGGAGCGUGAUCGGACGUCGUGGAUUGUACGUGCGUGGGCAGGAUGCUUGGAGUUUGGACGCACAUUCGGUGGAUGUAUCGGAGCAUGCUUUUCCCAGCGUGCACCUGAACGCAUCGCCGCUCUUGUGGAAAUUGAAGAAAGAAAGAAAGAAGGAAAGAAAGGAAGGAAGAAGACGACGACAACAACAACAACAACAACAAAAGCAUCACUCUUCUUUUUGACGCGUGAUGCUGAGAGACAAGUUUGGCAGGGACGUAGACGAAGCCCCCCCCUCAGCAACAGCAGCACGAGACCCCCGUCGAGACCGUCUCAACUUUCCAGGAUGACUUGAAGAGUCGUCGCUGAGGGAGCAUCCGAGGAGCCGCCAAGACGACAAGAGAGAAGAAGAAGAAGCCCUAAAAAAAAAAAAAAAAAAAAAAAAAAAAAGCUGCAGAAGAAGAUGAUGGCAAUCAAGCGCAGCGGAGCCAUGGAGGUGCUGAUCCUGAGCGCGCUCUCCUGGAUGUGCGUGCGGGCCGAGGAGAAGAUCAUCUUUGACAGGCACUCGGUCUACUGGAACAGCUCCAACCCCAAGUUCUGGCACGGAGAGUACCGGGUGGCGGUGAACAUCAACGACUACCUGGACAUCUACUGCCCCUACUACGAGGGCCCGCCCAACCACGGCCGCAUGGAGCGCUACAUCCUGUUCAUGGUCAACCACGAGGGCUACACUUCCUGUCAGCACCGGCUGCGCGGCUUCAAGCGCUGGGAGUGCAACCGACCCAGCGGGGUCGACGGACCGCUGAGGUUCUCCGAGAAGUUCCAACUCUUCACGCCCUUCUCGCUGGGCUUCGAGUUCAGGCCCGGACACGAGUACUACUACAUCUCGUCUCCUCAUCCGAACCACGUGGGCCGAGCGUGUCUAAAGCUAAAGGUGUAUGUGAGACCUCCUGAUGGCUCGGGAUACGAUUCUCCAGAGCCCUUCCUGACUGACGGCGGCGGUCCGAGCUGGAGGCCAGACUCCGCGGCCCCAGUAGCCACUCUGGCCUGGCUGCUGCUGGGACUCUUCUCCUGGCUGUGACCCGCUCACUGCCCCUCUUCCUGGAGCUCCCGCCCCGGGAUGCCAGGCCGGGCCGGGCUGGCUGUCCCCCUAAACUCCACCACCCUCCUCAGGGAAGCCCUUUGACCCUCCCCAUCCACCUUCCCUCCCGCCUCCACUUAUCUACAAUGCGACCACCAGCCACCACCACUGCCAGCCCCCCUCCCCGCCCUCCGUGGCCCAACCACGGACACCCUUCCCAGGCCUGGCGAGUCUGCAGGGUGAACCGGAUAUCCACGUUGCACUCUGGGAAACGUCCUUUCACUUGUGUCGGGAUCUUCUUUGGAUGGGACGUGGACAUGAUUAAACUUGUCAUCCGUCCAGAAGGUCGGCCUGGACGCACAGAAGAGUUUUUGUACUCCCAAAGCCUGAAGCGCAAGUAGCCCUGCCUGCAUUUUUACAACCUAAUCAAAUUCUUGCUGUAGACUAAACAGAUCCAGAUCACGUGAGCACACACGAUGACAACUUUAACCAUAGCCUGUGGGAGGGUUACCGGGUGGGUCUGGCGAGGUGUAUAUGUUCAGGUGGGAUGUGUUCUUGUCUCGUUUGUUGUUUCUAAACAAAAGCAUUUAUCACCGCCUGCUCUCAGCACAGGCGCAGUCUGCACUUGUCUUAGUCCAACAGGUCGGGUGACUUCUGGAACCAUGACUUUACUCCUGUAUGAAUGUACCACCGGUCACCCACCUCUUUGUGUUUGUGUAUUGUUACAAAUGUGGUUUCUUCUCUCAGACAGUUGAUCGGCGGGUUAUGGGUAGCGGUUUCUGGGGAACGGGUUCUAGGGUCUGGGAGCUAGGGUUUUGUGGCGACACUCAAGUUGCAUGACCACUGUGAAACCCUCAGAACAACUCCGUUUGUAUUGAUGAUGUAUUUUUUCAUGGGGGGAACCAGAACCACCCUGCCGCCGCUCUCGGUCUCCUGAGACAUUUUCAAGCACUCUCACCCCGUGUGGUGGUUCGGGGGCGGGGGAGUCCAGAAUGGCGGAUGCAAUGGGUGAAACCAACCGGAAACCAUCUGAGAGACUCGACCGGACCACAACGGACGUUAACGCAGAAACAAACUGGUCUUGGCUCAUAAAACCAGUCUAAAGGGAAGCGCGUGGACUGUGGCGUGUGUGGUAGCACCACAAACACAUACAGUACACACACGCACACACAUGCGGUCCUCUCUGAUGGGAGCCUUCAUGGACUGAGUUUAAUGGCAAAAGUUUUUUUUUUUGCUGGGAAGUGAACAUAUAAGAGCAAAGCACUGUGAACACACACAUACUUGCAGACACACAACAGCCUGUUCUCCCAAGAAUUGAGUAGGACUUCAUGCAAAAGGUACACAGUAAUUAGUAGAAAACUGACAUUUUUUAUUUUUUUUAGGUUGCUUUAAAAGAGUGUCUUUUUUUACAAAGGAAAUGUAUGGAAAUAAUUACUUGAUGGCAUUUUUCUGAAAAUGUAGUGUUCAUGUCGGCCAUUUUAGUGGACUGUGUCGCAACACAAGGCGCCAUUGCACUGGAGCUUUCUAGAGUAAUAGUCCAAGGUCUAACAUCACUUUUGUUCCCACUAAAUUCUUGUGAGUUGCAGAUGAUAUGUAGAAAAAGACACAAGGCAUGCACACACACAAACAUACAUUCACACAAACAUAAAUACACACACAAACAAGGGGAAGCACCUCCUUCCCUGUUUCCUCUUAUUUUUGUAGCAUUUAAAAAAAAGAUCACUGUUGAAGACUCCUGCGUGGGAUGCAGUGAUGGGUGCGCGAGAGCGAGUGUAGCCUGUGGAAGAUUAAAACAAACAAACAAACAAACAAACAAAACAAGACUCGUCUUCUUCUAUUCCACUGAUGCCUUCCUCCUGUUGUUGUUCUCUGGUUUGUGAACCGACGUGUAUUUUAUUGGCAGGUACAGUAGGAUGCCUCCGGGCCUCAUGCAUGACUGUUUUUU